AUGCGCAAGUGCAAAGUUUUCGUUGGUAAUUCCCAUCCGGAUUUAGGUAAAUUGGUUUGUGACAGAUUAGGUAUUGAACCAGCCCCAUGUACGCUAAAAAAAUUUGCCAAUGGUGAAACCAGUGUUCAGAUUGGUGUUUCUGUUCGUGAUGAAGAUGUUUAUGUUAUCGAAUCCGGCUCUCCUCAUGUCAAUGACCACAUUAUGGAACUAUUGAUCUUAGUUUCUGCUUUAAAGGGUGGUUCUGCAAAAAAAAUCACUGCAGUUAUCCCUCAAUUCCCAUAUUCUAAACAAUGCAAAAUGAAGAAACAAAGGGGCGCCAUUACUGCUAGAAUGUUGGCUAACUUAUUGAUCAUGGCCGGUGCCGACCAUGUAAUAUCAAUGGAUCUACAUGCCUCUCAGAUGCAAGGGUUUUUCACGAAGCCCGUUGAUAACUUAUAUGGGGGGCCAAGUUUGGCUAAGUGGAUUAGAGAAAAUGUGGAAGAUUACGAGAAUAGUGUUGUUGUCUCCAAGAAUCCGGGUGGUACCAAACGUGUUACUGCAUUGGCUGAUACUUUAAAAAUUAAUUUUGCUAUGAUUCACACCGAUCGUCGCCGUUCUAAAGAUUUGUAUGCUCAAAACAAGAAUUUGAAGCAAUUAAGAUUGAGAAAGCAAUCUAUGUUGAGAAAAAACCGUCCAAUUAUUAAACCUGGCGAAGAUGGUAAUGAUGAAGAAAACAUUAUUUUGACUAAUGGUAUUCAAACAGCUAGAAUUAUUAAAGGUCACGUUGUUGAUGAUGAUGAAGUUGAAGAUGAUCCUUUUGAGGUCAGCGGUGAUAUUGCUGUUUCUGAUAGUGGUAGUAAUGUAGACGCUGGCGUUGAUACCGAAAUGGAACUUCCUCAAAUUAAUGACCCAUAUUCAAUUGGUGCAGAUGCAUAUGCUGCUUUAGAUUCUGAGGACGAAGAAGAAGAACCUAUUGAUACCGAAAAAUUAAUUACCUUGGUUGGUAACGUGAAUGGUCGUACUGCCAUAUUAUUGGAUGAUAUGGUCGAUAGGCCAUCUUCGUUUAUUAGUGCUGCUGAGCAUUGCACCAAGAACUGUGGUGCAAAUAAAGUUCUUGUUGUUGCUACCCAUGGUAUUUUUACGGGCGAUUGUUUAGAGCAAUUGGAAAGUUCUGAUUCUAUUGAUAAAAUUGUUGUCACAAAUACCUAUGCCAUUUCCCCAGAAAUUAUAGCAAAAUCUAAGAAACUGGUGGUUAUUGAUGUUUCACCAAUUUUUGCCGAAUGUAUUCGUCGUAAUCAUUAUGGUGAAAGUAUUUCUGUUUUAUUUGAUUCAUUAAAAGCACUAUGA